AUGGCCAAAUUUGUUGAUUUGCCUUCUGAAGUCAUUUAUCAUGAUAGUAUUAUAUCAAAUGAAUUAAGAACUAUGGCAAAGGAAGCAUUUGUCAUAUUUGAUCGAAACAACGAAGACAAACUAAAUGUCCGCGAACUCGAAAUUGCUCUAAGGGCUUUUGGUAUAGAUGCAACGGAUGACGAUGUCGUAUCUAUUGUAAACGAGUAUGAUCCGAAUGGCCGGGGCUUUGUAACAUGUGAACAAUUUACGAUGGCAGUUGCUAAUAUGUUGGCUAAGUUUAAAGAGGGUUGCCAAAAUCUAAGGUCUCUGCUAGCUGCUGCGGAUAGUGAUGAUACUGGCCAGGUCGGCAGGGAACAUGUUCGCAAAGUACUUACUGAGUUUGAUAAGACUCUAAAUUCUGAAGAAAUCGAUGAGAUGCUUGACGAAAUCGACACUGCGAAAUUAGGCAAAAUUGAUUACGACGAGUUUAUCGCUAAAAUGGUUAGGCCGUUUGGGUCAGAUUAA